UAACCUAUUUGGAUGGGGAGGGGGCUGUCCUUAGUAAAGACCCUGGCCAAGUGUGACAUCUGAGCCAUGUGGGAGCAGAGGAAUAGUCAUCCUCAGUGUCUCAGGUGUUAGCAUGGACUGAGCAUGGUUUGGAGAGAUGAGGCUUACAGAAAAUAGGGUUAGGAAGCAUUAAAGGCCUGAGAGAAGCCACUGAUCUUGGGAACUGGAGAGGUGGAGUUGCCAGUCAGUGUGCUUACACACAGAGCUCUCCUUCACGCAGAAAUCCUCAGGCCAGAUCUGGCACCAGCCACGCUGUCAAAGCUGAUGGACCUUUUUGGCUGGUUCCUCCAGCUGCAGAACCAGCUUGCUGACUCAUUUUUGUGCCAUGGUCCCUGUUUGUCUUUAUAUCCUGAGCACGUAAUUAGCCAGCAGGGCUGAGAUCUGGUCUCUGUUGCAUCGGUGUGAAUCCAGACUAGUACCAACACCUUGGCCCUGGGUAGACAGCAAGCACCUGUGCUCAGAUCAUGUCCCCAGACACAGAAGCAGGCAGGGAUGGUAACAGUCCUACUGCUUCCCCCAAACAGGGACAAGAGAUUCGUCAUGGACUACGCUCUGGAGACCAGCCAGCAAAAGGAGAAGCUUCUGAAAACCAUAUACACCCUCCAGCUGAAGUCAACGGCCACGCUCCAGACAGCCAGCCCGCUGCUGAGCAGCCAGCGUGGCAUGGGCAUGGUGACAGAGCACCAAGUCCACCAGCUAGCAGAUAAGGCCAAAAGCCUGUGUAGAGAUCUGGACAAUAUUAAGAACCUCCUCCACUAUUGCCAGGACAACCUGGUCCAGCGGAUCCCCAAUCCCACUGGCAGCCGCUAUGGGGGAGUAAGUGGAAUCCACUGCUCCCUGGAUGGCUCCAUCUAUGUGACAGCUGAGAGUGCUCCCUGGGUCCAUGUCCUCAGCAGCACAGGGCAAACGCUGCGGUCCCUGCCCUGCUGGCAAAUGGGGAAGAAAAGCAGCACUUUUUUGCCAGAAGGUGUGACUGUAACUCGGAUGGGAAUGGUGGCUGUAGCCGACAUGAUGAAUGGAGCCAUCUGGGUGUUCAACCCUCACACCAGCCCUUCCAAGGGGGAAUGGAUACAAAUCAGAAAGGUUGGUUCCCCCAGGGGUAUUGGAGUAGACUCCAUGGGCAAGAUCUUGGUAGCAGACUAUGCACAAGGCCAAGUCCACAGCUUUGCUCUGGACCAUGCCUUCAAGAUGCUCAAUAUCCACUCAGUCCCUGACCUGCAGGGACCUCGCUAUGUCAGCCCAGCGCCCAGUGGAGGCUUUGUGGUAAGCGAGGAGUGCGGAGAUGUCAAGGUCUUCACAAGCAGCCGUAAGCUCCUCUGCUCCCUCAGCAGAAAAUACGGACACCAGUUUGGCAACCCAGCCGGGGUCUGUGUUGACGUGGACGGCAGCAUCCUGGUGGCAGACGAGCAGCGCCGUACAGUCCACUUGUUCCCAGAGCACGGGGCUCCCAUCUGCCUGGUGUCCACAGGGCUGCGGAGGCCUGCCGGUGUGGCUUGCUCCUCCUUUGGGCACCUCUUUGUGGCAGACACAGGGGAGAACUGCAUCAAAGCCUUUAAGUACUGUGUGAGGUCCCCUUAAGGCCCUGCCAGCCCCAGGGCACGACGCAGUGACCCCAGCCUCACAGCCAGGCAGGGACUGGGGUUCAUUCCACUGCAGCCCCGCUGAGCUGUGGGUCUGCUGGUGGGCUGUGAGCUCCACUGCUCCCACAGCCAGGCAUUGUCCCCAUACUUGACUGCCUUAUCGCCCUCCAGCUUCUCCAGAUGGCAGAAGCAAGGACUAGACCAGCUCGGAGUUUCUUGGACCCGCCAGAGUAGCUGAAGGAGGACUGAGAUACUCAGAAUUGGCCACACGUUGGUGCCUCAGCAAACUCACCACCCCGCCCUUGAGAUCUUGUGUGUU